CUGCGGUUCGGGGAGAGCGGAGUCGGAGGCUCUUCCCCAGUUCGAACAUUAUUCUGUUUGAUUUCCCCCCCCCCCAAAAAAAAAAAAAUAAACGAGCUGUGAGAGUGAAAAGAAGAGAAAGAAGGUGGUCGGGUCGGGUCCCGCGCUAAAGAUGGAAGACAAUAAAACUACUAAAAUGAAAGAUUUCGUGGACCGGUUGACGCUCGGUGUCACCAAGGUGUUAGAAAGUCGACCAGGUGUGGCAGAAGUGAGAUUCAUGGAAAACGAACCAGCAGAACGUCAUAUGAUCAUCUCAUGGGAACAGAAGAAUUGUUGCAUAAUCCCAGAAGACCUGAGAAAUUUUUAUCUGAUGUCAGAUGGCUUUCUGAUGACCUGGAGCAUUAGGUUUGAUGGCAGUGUCAUGGAGUUGGGAUCAAUGGUGAUAAACAGUAUAUCCAAACUCACUCGGUUAGGUGCAGCAUCUGUUUACUCUCUACCCAAUGCACCCACGCUGGCUGAUAUAGAAGAUGAUACAGAUGAUGAAGGAACUGAAGGUGCUUCAGAGAAGCCACGUUUUGGCUCAGAUAGUCGAAUAUUUGAGCUGGAUUCUUGCAAUGGGAAUGGCAAAGUCUGCCUAAUUUAUAAAAAUGUCAAAUCAGGCGCUGCAAGUGUACAUGCUGAAAUUUGGUUCUUGGACAGAGCACUUUACUGGCAUUUUAUAACCAGCACAUUCACGGCCUACUAUCGGCUGAUGGUCAUUCACCUUGGACUACCACAGUGGCAGUAUACAUUUACAAAACAUGGCAUCAGUCCCCAAGCUAAGCAAUGGUUCAAUAUGUACAAACCCCUUACCUUCAACACAAACGUUGCCGUGGAGGAAGGCGAGACUUUUGUUAACAAACUGGACCCUGGCCGAGCAUUUAAAAACAAAAACAAGCUUCAGAUCCCAAAGAAAAAGGCUCCUGUGCAGCCAGUCACCACUCAUAAAAGUCAGACUGGCCAAGUCACUGGCAGGAGUACAACCCAAAGUGGAAACAUUACAAAAAAAUGAUCAGACCCAUUUUUAGACUGGUUACUACCAAUCUCAUAACUUCCUCUGGUUACCACCAAUAUAAGACGAGCUCCUCUGUUUAAAUUACAUUCACAGAGGUCAGGUGAAGAACACAGAACUGCCUGCAUUACACAACAAAACCAGAUGUAUUUGUAUGCCACAAUGCAAAGGCUUGCUUUCCAGUCAACACAAGCUGAUCCAGAAUUUAGCUGGAAGAGGUUUUACACUGGAAUUGUAGCGUUGUAAAAGAUUAAACUCACAGCUCGUGCAUUGAACUUUAUUCCAGUCUUAACACCAGGAUAAUGCUGUGACGAGGAGAAGGUUUACACAAGAAGCUGUAAAACAACCAAAGUAUCUGGUGUAAAUGGCCCAUUCUUGCUGAGCCUGAAAACCUUCUUUUUCGCUCGGCCAUCCCCCUAGACUGACAAUGCAGGUGCUAUCCUUUUCAUNAAAAAAUUACCUAAUCUACCUGAUAUGACAACACAAAGUCUUUAAGCAUGUAAAGGACAGAAGCUCCUAAUAUGUUCAUAUUAAUACUAUUGUUUAGUAAUCUAUUGAAUAAACCAUGAAAUUGUAGGUUAAUGGGAUCUUCAGUCCCGGAAUAGAAUCUAACUGAGUACUAUUUUUCCUCUGAAAUAUUUUAACUAUCGGUGGCUAAUAAAUAACCGUUGACCCUAGUCAGACAAGAUUGUAGAUUUUCCUCUGCUUCCCUUCAUUAACUCAUUAGGAAAGAUGUCAGGGUAGAUAUUCAAAAAAGUUAAAGCUAAAUGGUUUCUAUUAACUUAUUGUUAUCUCUAAAAAUGUGAUACUCCUCGGAUACAUAUUUUAGAAUCAAUAAAUAAUAAAUAAUUUAUUUAAAUCAAUAAUAGUGCUGAUAAGCAUACAAAGCAAUGCAAGCAGCUCUGUAAAGUGGAUCAAAGACCAAUUGUUAUGUUUGCUCAAUCUAAAUGUAAAUUAUUUUUCAGCCUUAGUAACCUCAAACUUGAAUGGGUACUUCAGUUGCUUUCUUAGUUUGUUUACAGUAUUUCUGGCCAGGAUUACACACCAGUUUUAUUAUUUUCUGACUACCAAUAGUUAUACUUUGUCAUAUUCAAACAGAAUCCUUCAUCGCACCACCAGCUGUUAGAAUAAUACCAGUAUGAUCCCAGAAUUGGCAGAAUUUAUAAAUAUCCAUUUUCUAGUAAUAAUAAUACUAAUAAUAAUAUAUGCUGUGUGUCCAGGUACGAACCCAAACCUAUAAAAUCAGGAUAAAUCUUCUAAAAUCAACACUCUGGUGGUAGUCUAAUUGUUUGAUAAGAAGUGGUGUGAGUUUUAUCAGAACACCCUCCGGUAUCUCUUGAGUUGGCAUAUGUAGUCAGUGGUUUUGAGUUUCAUCAACACUACUUUUAGCAGCUGCUUCAUUUCCUCUUAAACAAAACAGAAAAUGGAGACUUUGUUAGUUGGAGGGUCUUGGCACAAAAGUUGCAUUUAUAUGGCAAUUAAUUUGACGCAACAGAAACUACUGAUACAGCCAAAUUAAUUCUGCUAGGCUUAAGUGAAUGAUGUGUAAUACAGAAUAGCAUUUUAAUGGCAUGUAGAUGAAAUUGCAUUUUUAAAUAUUAAAUGUGUAAUUUUGAGUUUAUAAUUAAUAUUUGUUUAUAAUUGCAUAUUGUCAUAGAAGGCCAGUCAUCAGCAGUUCUGUAAAUAUUAUUCUUUCAUAUCCUUCAUUGAUCUUCCAUCUGUUUUCUGUAUGCUUAAUAGAGUGUCAGACAGAUGGGAUAUUUUAUUAUUUGUACAAAUACAAAGACUUGCAUUGCAAAGCCAAAUGCAGAUUUUUGCCAUCUGGAAACAUUUUGUUGAGGUCUGUAUAUAGGUUUGCACACCUGGCAAGGGUUAAAUAACUACCCUGUUUACAAAAAAAAUUCUGUUAACAACUAUCUCAAUUGUGAUUGACUGCACAUACUAAUUCAUGAAGGUUUUGUUAUGUAAAUACAAAUUGACACUCCAAAGCAUUUCACAUCUUCAUUCACCCUUUUUGUCCUUAUAUCUGACUAAUUCUAGUUAGUACUUUUAAAAUGAACAUUUUUAUUUGCAUAGAUAACAGAUUGUAACAGGUUUACAGCUCAAGUUAGUCACUGUUGCCUUCUGUAUAACAUGUAAUAGCUUCUGUUAUUUUCAACUAUCUACCAAAUUUGUGUGUGUUAAAGGUGUAGUCCACUCAGCUUGCAGGAUCGUAGAAUUAUUUUGAAUAGUGAUAGGCCACAUUUCCAACCUAGAAAACAAGAAGGGCAAGACAAUCUUGUGACUUCCCCUUCCAUUCCACAGAAGUGUCCCUCAGAGCACUUUUUUGCCAUGUUUUAAUGGGAACUAAAUACCCACUCGAAGUAUACAUUCUCUUGUGUGGUUAGGUGAAACUUUGUUACAAAAUACCAGAUUGCUCCCAUUCAAAAUAUAAAGACAACCCUACAAGGCAGCUAUUCUGGUGAUAUUCUUUUUUCUGUUGCUGCAAUGAUAAAACAAUGCAAGGGUAUUUUCAAAAAGGAAACAGCUGUGAAGCUUCAAUGAUGGAAAUUUGACAGGAAUGACAUGAAGGUGUUCUAAACUGUCAGGAGGAAAGUAAGUGAUGUAUGAAUUGGGGGAGGGGAUAUGGAGUGGAAGUCAUGUGCUGAACAUGCAGCUGAACAUCUUGGUAAUAUUAUUGUCAAAUAUCUUGAAUGGUCAAUGUCCAAAGUGAUUUUCUUAGUUGACAACCUGGCCUUGUUCUUGAUGUGCUUGGAGGCACUCAGAUAAUUACAGAGAGGAAUUAAAGGUUCUGUGUAAUUACAAUGAAUGUAAUUAAUUAGUCUUUUUCAUUAGAGACUCUCAAUUAUAUAAUUGAUAACUAACUCCCUCUAUACACACAUUUUACACAUGAUGCAUACGAGACACACAUUGAACAAUUAAGCCAUAUGUUUUAUCACUUCCAUAUGUUUUAUCACUUCCACUUCCAAGAAUGGAAGACUUCCAAAUAUUGUUCAAAAGAAAAUUCUUACUCAUCCAUGAUUGUGAGUUCCAGGCACGUGAGUAUAUUUACCGAAACACAGCAAUGUCACUUAAUACAGUUAAACUGACUGUCUCAGAAGUCGGGGCUAAAAGCUCAUACACUAGCUGUUAUGUUUACAUGAGACUUUUAGUUGAUGAUUACUUCCUAUGCAGGCACUAUGUGCACAUCUAUGCAGAGCUCAAAGUGAAUAAAAUUGAAGUUGUGAUUAA